GGACAAGAGUGAGACAGGAGGAGAGACAGAGAGAAAGAGGACGGCGCUGUGCAUGCAAGCUGGGCUGCAAACAUGACCGACACGAAAAGCGUAUCAUCCCUGGAGGCGCCAGAGGGGAAGUUAAUCAAAAAGGGUUCCAUCAAGAAGAAGAUUGAGUCAUUGAGGCGAUGGAGCUCCGCUAGUAUGAAGAGGCCUCCAAAGACUAAGGCCAAGACCUUGAGUCUGUCGUCCCCUGUGGGGGACCCCGAUGACCUCUGGCUGCAAGAGGGAGACAGGAGAAAGCUGCGACCCAUCGUUGACUCAGUCUUUGGACAGGGGGAGUCACCCGUAGAGGGAAGCGGCGCCCCGUUAUCUGCCGCCAUGCUAGGCGGCCUGGGUGGUGCAGGUGAGGUGGACACGGAUGAUGAGGAGGAAGGAGGGAUGGAGCAGGAGUUCGAUGAGCCCCUGUGCGCUCUGGUUAAGAACUGCAACAUGCUGCACAACUUAGUGGGGCCUGCUUGUAUCUUCCUCAGACAGGGCUUCGCACAGAGCCAGCUUGACAGAGAUCUUCGUCCAGAGGAGAUGGAAGAGCUGCGUGAGGCAUUCAGGGAGUUUGACAAAGACAAGGAUGGUUUUAUCAGCUGUAAGGACUUGGGCGAGUGCAUGAGGACAAUGGGAUACAUGCCAACAGAGAUGGAAUUGAUAGAACUCAGCCAGCAGAUCUGUGGCGGCAGAGUGGACUUUGAGGACUUUGUGGAACUAAUGGGUCCCAAGAUGCUCGCCGAGACUGCAGACAUGAUUGGUGUCAAGGAGCUGAGGGAUGCCUUCAAAGAGUUCGACUCUGACGGCGAUGGUCAGAUCAGCCUCGGGGAGCUGAGGGAAGCCAUGAAGAAGCUAAUGGGAGAGCAGCUGAACCACCGCGAGAUCGACGAGAUCCUCCGAGAUGUAGACCUCAAUGGGGACGGACAGGUGGACUUUGAAGAGUUUGUGCGAAUGAUGUCUCGCUGACUCCAAACCUCACUCAACUGCACUAAACCCAUCAUGGACCAGACUGCACACUGUUACUCUCGUGGAAUUCUUCUUUAUGUACAAAGACUUAUUGGUGUCCAUAUUAUUUUUUUUUCAUUUACUUCCAUCAUCUGUCAAAUAUAAGAGAAUCCCUUCAAUGUGUCGCCGUUGUAUGAAUGUAAUCUGUAUCGAACAUGUAAUGGGAGAUUAGACGGACAGAGGAGAUGCUUUAACCAAAGCUGUGGUCUCUGUAGAAGUUCAUUUGAAUUUGAGUCUGAACUGAGAAUCACAUACCAGCAACAAAUAAUAACAAUAAUUACACACACACACACACACACACACCAGGGUUCAGUUGCCCUGUGGUGUUUGAGUUAUGUUUUGUUUUGGUUUUUGUUUUUUCAUAAUUUGGGUGAACCGACCCUUUAAAUAUGCAGUUUACUACUUUAUUUGACCUGAAGCUAAGUGUGUGAAUAUGCAUUUGAGGUUUUAUUGUCACAGUUAAUAAUGGCACAUCUAAACUCCUCAUAACAAACUGUCAUGACUGUGUGACUGUUACUAUUGUUUGUUGAUGACAGAGCAGGUACAUGAGAUUAUAUUAUAUGCAUCCUUUUUCUGCAAACUACCACAUAAAUUCAUAUACAUAUCAAUUACUUAGCGUCAUCGUCAGCUGUGCACUUUUGAUAGAAUUCAUCCAAAGCAGCUAGAUAAAAUUAAUGCAGUGUAAUUUUUUUAUAAAAAUAUCUUUUUGUUAACACUAACAUGGUUAUUUUGGGUGUCUGCUACACAUCAAGUUUAUGUCUAUACCUUUGUUUCCCUGUUCAGAUGGAACUGAACUGGAUUGUCUCAAUGUAUGUGUUUAUUUUAUGCAUUCAUAUAGUUUAAUGUUUUAUUUGUACAGUGUUCAACAAGUCAGAUCUUUAAAGAAUGCAUUGUAAAUAAAAAAAAUAAGAAUGACAAUAAACUAGUUUUUGUUG